UGUCUCCUCUCCCUUCUCUUCUUGUAUUCUGCCAUGAGCUUUUCUCUGUCUCCUUGGAGGGGGAGUGCUCUUUGAGGUAGGACAUGUAUGGAGGGCAGAGGGCUAGUUGAUGCCCACUGGCUGGGGUUUCCCCUCUGUUCCACUCUCCCAGCUUUGGCUGGGCAGUCAGCAGAUUAAUGCCUUGGCCAUGCAGUGAGGAUCUGGCUACCUGCUCAAACUUUUAGACUAGCUCAAUCCUAAGUAGCAGUGCCUAUGUAGCUGUCCAGGCCUGCCCUUCUCUGCCACUGCCACUGUAUAACAUGGGUCUAGGGCUGAUGUGCAUGUCCUCCAUGCCCCCCACCCAGGCCUGUCUUCAUUUAUCUGAAUACUCACAGUCUCCUCCUCAGGAAGUGCCAGAGCCUGUAGUGGCUGUAGACAUGUGUGUGUGAGUGUUUGUAUGUCAGAAACCUCAGCAGGAAAUGCCUCAUCACAGGAGCUCCUAUCAGCCUCCUUGAACAACAACGUGGGCUCACUGGCCCUUGGCUCCGACUCCAUUCACUCCCAGCCUCGCACACUGGACCAUGCAGAACCCCUGCAGCCUCAGCCUCCUCCUGUUCUACUGCUUCCUGGUGGCCAGCCUGGAGCAGGAUGACUAUGAUGUGGAGAAUAACAACGGAACUGAAAGUGCAGAUGCCCACAACAAUGAGACCUCCUCACCCUCCAUCCUUUGCCCGAGGAGCUUCCCUGGCAAGAAGAUGUACUUCAAUAAUACCACCUACCUGUGUAUUGGGACAGAAUCCAGGGAGUACCUGUUCAGCUGGGUCUCCAGAGCGUUGGUCCCUUCACUCUAUACUCUUGUCUUCUUGGUGGGCUUGCCUGCCAAUGGCUUAGCUUUGUGGGUGCUGGCUACUAAGAUCCAGAGACUCCCUUCCACCAUCUUUCUGAUGAACCUUGCCGUGGCUGAUCUGCUCCUUGUUCUGGUCCUACCCUUCAACAUCUCCUACUACUUCAUGGGUCAUCACUGGGUCUUUGAGGAGGGGCUCUGUCGCCUAGUGACUGCCUUUUUCUAUGGAAACAUGUACUGUUCCAUGUUGCUCCUGGCCUGCAUCAGCCUGGACAGGUACCUGGCCAUUGUCCACCCGUUCUUCUCCCGUUCUGUGCGCAGCCCCACUUUUGCUGCCUGCCUCUGUGCCAUUGUCUGGCUUGGGGCAGCCUCCCUAACCCUGCCCCUGGCUGUCCAACGCCAGUCCUACCCAUUGCAUGGCAGUUCUGGGCACAUCCUGUGCCAUGAUGUGCUCCCCCAGGAUGAGCAGGUCGGCCAGUUCCUGAAUAUCUUUGUCUGCCUUGUUGUUUUGGGCUUCUUCCUCCCGCUGCUGGUCAUUCUCUUCUGCUACGGUUCUGUCAUCUACGCGCUGGUGGCCAGUGGGGAAAGGUACAGCUAUGCUAUCAAGCUCACUGUGCUGGUGCUGGUCUCAGCUGUCAUACUCUUUACUCCCAGCAACAUACUGCUGCUCAUCCACUAUUCUGACCCCAGGACCAAUGGUUUUGGAAAUCUCUACUUCUGGUACGUUCCCAGCUUGGCCAUCAGCACCCUCAACAGCUGUGUGGACCCUGUCAUUUAUUACUACGUAUCUGAAGAGUUCAGGGACAAAGUAAAGAGGAGGCUUUGUCAGCAGAACAAGCACAUGCUCACAGUCCAGAAAACUUCUAAGGAAGAUGUUCCUGGGCUGGGUACCCGUUCCACAUCUCUGGUAUAGAAAUUCAUUUGAUGCACACUAGCUCUGGUCUGAAGGUAGGAGACAGUGGCUUUCUGACUCUUGCAUAGAAGGGCCUAUUUAUCUGUGUCAGCCCCAAGGGAAUCUCCCUUGUCAUUGUCCCUCAGUUCUCUGUGAUCUCACCUUCAUCCUUGCCCCAGUAAACUUUGGAAAGAUGAGAGGGCUUAAGCACGAGAGCUUCUGCUCUCCACUGCUCCCUGCUUCCACUUCAUCAAGAGGACUUUCACCUUGAAGACCCAACGGCAUUUCCAGGGAGGUCCAGGACACUGUUCCCUGUUGGAUAUGUUCUGAUGGAUCUGAGGCUGUCUGUGCUAAGGAAGAGAAAAUUUGGUGGGGCCAGAAGUUAUGGUAGGGUGGGUGAUGGGUGGAUCUGCUUUCUAGUGAUUUAAAGAAAGAUUAUGAUAUUCUACUUGGUCAAAGAAGGAAGAAACAGGACCAGAGCUUGGGGAGGGACUUGUAUACAGAUUUUGACCAAUGUAUGAAAAAUCUCCUCAUGAGAAGAGCUGCCAAAAAGUAGAAUGGGUGCCCAGGAGGGGUGAGCUCCUAGAGAUAUUGAAGCAAAGGAGGACUUGGCAAUGUGAUGUAGUUAUGUAAUACCAUGUUUCAGGCAAGGAGUUGAAAUUCCUCACCAGCUCCAACUUCCCAUGCCUUGUUUUCCUGAGGCUGCUGUCUGCAGGACUUGAGAUCUAUCUCUAAAGGGGUGUUGCUUUGCUACCUGAACUAUCAAGAUCCCAUAUUUCUCCUUCCUCAGGGAAGGUUGUUCCUGCUGGCUGGGUUUAUUCUGCCCAUAAGUCAUUCCAUCUUUUCUUAUGGUUAUGGCUGUAGAGAAGGCUCUACUGAAUGGAGAACUAAUAAAAAGCCCAAUGAGAUUCUAA